GUCUGAUUCCCUUCCUUGCAGCCCCGCCCAGGCGGCUGCCCGUGACCUGCCUGGGCGCAGGGAACGGAAAGUCGGAAGGGCUAAGAGGAGUUCAGUUCAUCAUGGGGCUGUUUGGAAAAACCCAGGAGAAGCCUCCCAAAGAGCUGGUUAAUGAAUGGUCACUGAAGAUCAGAAAGGAAAUGAGAGUUGUUGACAGGCAAAUAAGAGAUAUCCAAAGAGAAGAAGAGAAAGUAAAACGGUCUGUGAAAGAUGCAGCCAAGAAGGGCCAAAAGGAAGUCUGUGUGGUUCUGGCCAAGGAAAUGAUCAGGUCAAGGAAGGCUGUGAGCAAGCUCUAUGCAUCCAAAGCACACAUGAACUCUGUGCUCAUGGGCAUGAAGAAUCAACUUGCGGUCCUAAGAGUAGCUGGUUCUCUGCAGAAGAGCACAGAAGUGAUGAAGGCAAUGCAGAGUCUUGUGAAGAUCCCAGAAAUCCAGGCCACCAUGCGGGAGCUGUCCAAAGAGAUGAUGAAGGCUGGAAUCAUAGAGGAGAUGUUAGAGGAUACGUUUGAAAGCAUGGAUGAUCAGGAAGAAAUGGAAGAGGCAGCGGAAACGGAGAUUGACAGAAUCCUCUUUGAAAUCACAGCAGGAGCCUUGGGCAAAGCACCCAGUAAAGUAACUGAUGCCCUUCCUGAGCCUGAACCUGCAGGAGCGAUGGCUGCCUCAGAAGAGGGAGAAGAGGAGGAGGAUGAAGAGGACCUGGAGGCUAUGCAGUCACGGCUGGCCACACUCAGAAGCUAGGGCCACCCAAUUGGGAGCUUAGCUCUCUGGCAUCCUCCUCUAGAUACUCCACUGGAUAUUUCCAGAGAGAAGUGCCAAGGUAUGGAAGAACCAACCUCUCAUAGCGGGGCAUAGGAGAAAUGAAAGGAAAAAACUGAAAAUGCCCACCAGCCCUGGGCUCAGACUGAGCUAAGUAGUGUCUUUCCUCCUUUGGGUUGAUUUUUGUUAGGUGUUUGCUCUCAGGUGAUUAAAGUAACAUAUGCUGCA